CGUUUUCCUGAAGCAGCACGCGCAUCUUGUCUUCCGGAUCCCUCCAUCACACCGCCUGUGCGACCCCAUGGCGUGGAUGUAGGCACGGUUCCCUGCAUUCCGUGGCAACCUGGCCAUCCUGAGCUUCUGAGACGCUACGACGAAUUUGCUGGACGCAGCAGUGAUACAUCUCUUUGGUAGGAAUGUACGGAAGAGGAAUCAGUGAAGCAUAACCCCCCAAAUUCCAGUAUAUAGGCAGUGGCAUCUUGCCCUAGGACUUGGACAUCCCGCUGGGCACUCGCUGUGUAUACGGAUCCAGCAUGCCUCUUGGUUCUUCCAUCCGAUAUGCGUCUGUUCGCGAUUUUGACAAAACGAUUGGCGCCUGGUUCUUGGGCCCCAAAGCAGAGAACCAUGAGGUGCUCGAAGAGCAACUUCGCAAGAUUGUUCGGUAUUUCAAGCAUGGUCGCGAUAGUUACUUUCCAAAAGAUCCUCCUUUGAUCACUCAGGACAUGAUGAAGUCUGAGGGCUAUCAAGCCGCCAUGGACAGGUUGGACCAGGUCCUGGAAUAUCUAUCUGUCAUGCUGUCGCAUCACUCUGUGCCAUUUUCCUCUCCCCGCUACGCCGCCCAUGUGACCGGCGAUACUUCUCUUCCCGCCACUGUGGGUUACGUGCUUGGCAUGCUCUAUAACCAGAACAAUGUGUCUCCUGAAGCUAGUCCGCUCACUGGCAUCAUAGAAUAUGUUGUAGGCCAGGAUCUAUGCCACAUGCUCGGCUUCCACACCGCGGAGGCUCGGAAGGAUCCCAAACUCGCUGACGCUCCCAUUGGUUGGGGCCACGUCACUUGUGAUGGCUCCGUCGCCAAUUAUGAGUCGUUUUGGGUUCCUCGCAGCUUGAAGUUCUAUCCCCUGUCGCUCAAGUGUGCGAUUGAGGAGGGUGGCUUGGAUUUCGUUGGGGACGCUUUCACUGUGACGCUCACGGGCACGGGCCAGGAGGAACCUUUCAACACGUGCACUCCUUGGGAAUUACUCAAUCUCAAGCCAGACGAGAUCCUCGGCCUUGCUGACAAGUUGACGAAACUAUAUGACAUAUCCUCCGAAUACAUUGAGGAUGCCGUCAAGCCAUACCUUGCGCAAAUGAAAGGCAAGCAGUGGUUGGAAAGGCGUUUCGAUGUGCAGUCUCCCCAGUAUUUUGUCUCUCUCACUAAGCAUUACUCGAUCAACAAAGCAGCGAACAUACUUGGAAUCGGCGAGGAUAAUCUUGUUGAUAUUGACGUUGAUGAUCAUGCACGCAUGGACACGAAGAUGCUGAAGGAGGAGCUCAAGAAGCGGGUCGAUGCUCGAGUGCCGAUCUAUGGUGUUUUAGCUAUCAUGGGAUCCACCGAGCACGGUGCCGUCGAUCCUUUGACAGACAUCUUAAAGAUUCGCGCUGAGUUCGAAAAGCAGUACGGCGUGUCUUUCUUCAUACAUUGCGAUGCUGCCUGGGGCGGGUACUUCACCUCCAUCAUCCGUAAUCCGCCCAAUGACUGGCGCGGUCAGGAUGUCGACGCCGACUUCCUCAAGAAGCCUCUCCUGCCGUAUACGGCGAAGCAGCUCGAAAGCAUCAAGUACGCCGACUCUGUCACGCUUGAUAGCCACAAGUCAGGCUAUUGCCCGUAUCCCGCAGGAGGCCUGUGUUAUCGCGAUGAGCGCAUGCGUUUCUUGAUUACGACAACCAGUCCGUACAUAAACACAAGUGGCGAAGGAGUUGAAGCCAUGGGAACCUAUGGCCUCGAGGGAAGUAAACCCGGUGCCGCGCCUUUGGCCGUUUGGGUCUCAAAUGUAGUCCUGGGACUCCACAUGGGUGGCUAUGGCACGCUUCUCAGUCAAGCAAUUAUUUCAGGAGUCAGAUAUUACACCCUCUGGUCUUCCUUAUCGCACCGAUCAAAGACUCUGAUUGUGACUCCGUUCAAUAUCCUGCCGAUCGAAGACACAACCAAGAAUAGGAUAGAAGUCGACAACGAGAAGCUGAGACUUACGCGCAGUCUGCUUCAGCGUCCCUACCAUGAAGUACUCAAGGACAAGGAAGCCAUGAACGACAUCACGUCUAUCGGCUCCGAUCUUAUGAUCAACACCUUCUCCUGCAAUUUCAGGCUCACCCCGGACGGAGAGAUCAACAAGGAUGUUGCCGAGGCAAACUUUCUCAAUCAACGUAUCUAUGAGCGGCUAUCAAUUCGCAGGGUUACGGACGACAUGAAUCUGAAGCCGGUGAUCGUAGUGGGCAGCAUAUUCGAGCAGGCUACGUAUAAGGGCUGUCUCACGAGGUUCAAGCAGCGUCUCGGUCUCGACCCGGAGGACCCGACGGAUCUUCAUGUAUACUCCAGCGUCGCGAUGUCACCUUUUGUCAUGGAGAAUCUCAUCGAGGUAGUCGGAGAUGCCUUCCAGCAUGUAGCUGAAGAGGAGAUCGAGAACUGUCAGCGGCGUAUCGCUGUAGUGCCCGAUUAUCAUGACUUCAUCGUGCAAGGAACAGACCAGCUCUUCCUCAGCUAUAUGCCAAUGAUGUAUUUCGGCAGCCGCCGACAAAACGUCGUCAUCACUGGAAAGCUCCCUUCAGACGUAAUGAAAGACUAUGCGGAGCAGAGGAAGGCGGACCCAAGCGCAACGUUUACGCUCCACACUGUCUUUCCCGAAAUUCUGGAGGAUAUUCUGGUACGAGGAACAUGUGCCGUUAACAUCGUCAAAGGCAUGCCGGAUGUCUAUGGUACUUCAUUGUCGAGCAUAGUGAAUAAUGCGAAACUUUCGGACAUCCAAGUACUGAAGAACCACUCCCUCACGCCCAGGUCUCUCAGCACUACCUAUCCGAAAAAGAUGCCCUUUUAUCUAUACGGCACGCCUGAACAGCAGCACAUCGAUCACGUUUUACUGAAGGCGCCGAAUGCGCAGCUCACAUCGAGUGAAGUGAAGCUCGAGGUUGAUAAUCUAGUGUCCAAGAAGGACCUGCGCAAAGGCCUGAUCGCCGUCCUGACCGAUCGCAUCGAGGAGGCUAUGCAGCCCUUCUCUGACACUCACACGCCAACGUUCUUCAAGCCUGGAGCAUCAUCCCGGGUGUCACUCUACACCGAUCCGUUCACUUACGAUGCCAAGAAGGCAACCGAUGUCCAUGACAUGUGGCAGAAGCUCAUGCAGAGCACGCCUAUCGCCACAGGGACUCUGACGCUGGGCCAGGAGGUGUUCAUCGAUACCCAUUACAUCAACCAAGAGACGCUGCCGAAGAUUCAAGUGGUUCCCUAUAAAAAGCACGAGUUGGGCGCGCGCGGUGUCACUCCCCAGACAGUUACGAGGGACGCUGUCAGCACCUUAUUAUCUGAGCAGCCCGAACUCGCUACAAUCCCCAGUAUAAAUGAGCUACAGGAGAUCCUCAGCAAAUUGCGUAGCAUCAUCGAGGAUCCGGACAUCCUGCUGUCGCAUGAUAUCGAGAAUGCGUUGAAGCGUCAGGAGGUCGUCAUCGGGAAUUACCAGAUUGUCCCUGUGGAGGAAAACCUGCGCGGGGUGCAGGUGAGCCGGUACUUCAUGGAUUCUGCCGGGGCCAGGAUCAGCGAUAGCAUUGCGAGGAGGAAGGAGUGGCUGGGUGCGGUCCAGGGGAUGCACAGGCGUUGAAGGCUGAGUCAUGACGGUUUUAGCAGUCGCGCUGAGAGGCAGAAAGCAUGGGACAUGAUCUAUACUGAGCGAAAUCGCAUUGCCAACAGUGAUUGUACGAUAUUGCAGUGUGUUUGUAUUGCUACGUUUCAUGUACCUGAUGCAUAACGUGAUCAUGUAGCUUUCCUAUGCAGAACCGUGCACUGUGCACUAUCCACGCGAACUGUGGAAAAAUGGAUGAUCGGUA